AAACUACAAAACUAACAUCCCCUCCAUUUAAUUCAUUGAAUUUGCUCUAUCUUCUAACAAUGCAAAUCCAAGUCUUCUUCCUCCUCUUUCUCUUGUUCACCAAAACAACUUCAUCACAAUCAACAACAAACAUCCUCCCACAAGGCUCAUCUCUUUCAGUUGAAAAAUCAAAUAACACCCUCAUUUCAUCCAACGGCGAUUUCUCCGCCGGUUUCCUCCCCGUCGGAGAUAACGCCUUUUGUUUCGCCGUCUACUUCACAAAAUCCAAACAACCCACCAUUGUUUGGAUGGCUAACAGAGACCAACCUGUUAACGGCAAACACUCAAAACUCUCACUUUUCAAAAACGGUAAUCUCAUUUUAACCGAUGCAGACAGAAAAAGAACACCAAUUUGGUCCACUUCAUCCUUUUCUCCUUUUCCAUUACAGCUCAAGCUUCAAAACAAUGGCAACCUCGUUCUCUCCACGACCAACGGUAACAUUAGUAUCCUUUGGCAAAGCUUUGAUUUUCCAACAGAUACUCUUCUUCCUGGCCAAGAAAUUAAUGAGCGAGCAACCUUAGUUUCAUCCAAAAGUGAAACAAACUAUUCCUCAGGUUUCUAUAAGUUUUAUUUCGACAACGACAAUGCUCUUCGUCUUCUAUUCAAAAGUCCUUUGUUAUCUAGUGUCUAUUGGCCAUCACCUUGGGUAUUACCUGUUGAUGCAGGAAGAUCAACUUAUAAUGUUACUAAAAUCGCGCUACUCGAUUCCUUUGGCCAUUUCAUGUCCUCUGAUGCAUACCAAUUUGUCACCAUUGAUUAUCCAAAGAAACUUCAUAGAUUACUCAAAAUGGAUCAUGAUGGUAACCCACGUGUUUAUAGCUUCAAUGAUAAAACUAAGACAUGGGAAGUUUCAUGGCAAGCUAUUGCUGAACCAUGUGAGGUUCAUGGUAUUUGUGGAGAAAAUAGCAUGUGUAGUUAUGAUCCUGUUAAUGGAAGAACAUGUUAUUGUUUGAAAGGUUACAAGUUGAAGAAUCGUAAUGAUUGGACACAAGGGUGUGAGCCUGAGUUUAAACCUGCUGAUCUUUCUUGCGACAGUGCUCGCGUUGAGGAUUUCGGUUUUCUUCAUCUUCAAAACAUGGAGUUGUAUGGCUAUGAUUUGUAUGUAGCAAAAGUGACAAGCUUGAAGCAAUGUCAAAAGUUGUGUUUGGAUCUUUGUGAAAAAUGCAAAGCUGUUCAAUUCAAAUUCAAUGGUGUUGCUACAUAUGAUUGUUUUCCUAAGACGUUGUUGGCCAAUGGAAGAGAUUCUCACAAUAUUGAUGGAGAUAUUUACUUGAAAUUGCCCAAAAAUACUUUGUUAUCUUCCACCAUUCCUUUUAAACAUUCACCUUUGAACUGUUCCAUUGCUUUGUUUCAACCCUUGAAUAGAUUCUACGAAAAACCAAGUAAAAACUCCAUAUUAAGUUUCUUGACUUGGUUAGCAUUAGGUAUAGGGGUGUUUGAGUUUUCCAUAAUUUUAUUUGUAUGGUUCUUUUUGUUUAGAACCAAUAAGAACCAUGAUGAUGUUGAUCAAGUACAAAGACACCUUCUUUCAGCAACAGGAUUUCAAAGAUUUUCGUAUUCAGAGCUCAAAACCGCGACAAGAGGGUUUAGCAAAGAGAUCGGUCGAGGAGGAGGAGGGAUUGUUUACAAAGGUACACUCGAUGAUGAUCGUGUUGCUGCUGUUAAAUGCUUAAAUGAAGCUCAUCAGGGAGAAGCUGAAUUUCUAGCUGAAAUAAGCACAAUUGGUAUGUUGAACCAUAUGAAUUUAAUUGAUAUGUGGGGAUAUUGUGUUGAAGGGAAACAUAGGCUUUUGGUCUAUGAGUAUAUAGAACAUGGUUCUUUAGCGGAGAAUCUAUGUUCUAAUUCACUUGAUUGGAAUAAGAGGUUUAAUGUAGCUGUUGGAACAGCUAAAGGUUUGGCUUAUUUACAUGAAGAGUGUUUGGAAUGGGUUUUACAUUGUGAUGUGAAACCUCAAAAUAUUUUACUUGACACAAAUUUUCAACCAAAGGUUGCUGAUUUUGGUUUAUCAAAACUAUUGAAUAGAGAUGAACGUGAUAGUUCUGCUUUUUCAAGAAUAAGAGGGACAAGAGGUUAUAUGGCACCUGAAUGGGUUUAUAAUCUUCGUAUUACUUCAAAAGUUGAUGUUUAUAGUUAUGGGAUUGUUUUGCUUGAAAUGGUGAGUGGAAAAAGUCCAAUGGAAAUUCAUAGUGUUGUUGAUAAUAGUGGAGGUUUGGAGCAUCAUCAUCGAAUGGUGAGUUGGGUGAUGGAAAAGGUGAAAAGUGCACCUACGACUAUGUUUUGGAUUGAAGAGAUUGUUGAUGGUAAUUUGGAAGGAAAAUAUGAUGUUAAUCAGGUUGAGAAUUUGGUUAAAGUGGCUUUGAUGUGUGUGAAAGAUGACAUGAAUGAAAGACCAUCCAUGAGUCAAGUAGUGGAGAUGCUUCUUCAGUCCCAUGAAAAAAGAGGCACCCCUCGUUAGUUCUUUUUCCUUUAUUGUUCCACAAAAUGCUUGAAUAACGUGCUUGUUCUAAUAAAUUGUAUUCCUUAGCAAAAUAAAAUAAAAAAUAAAUUGUAUAGUUAAUAGUUUACACUAUCUUUUCUAGUGAAUAUACAUGAGAUAACUAGCAAGUUUGUAUUGUUAAUAUAUGUGAGAUAGCAUGCUUGAAUAACAUGGCUCUUGAUCUUUUCUCAUACUA